AUGAAUGAUUCAAAGUGGUUGGCAGCCAUGCAAGAAGAACUCAGGGCAAUUGAGAAGAACAAGACCUGGGAGCUAGUGGAAAGAUCAAGUAAGAAGCUAAUUCAUAUGAAGUGGGUCUACAAGUUCAAACUUAGGCCAAAUAGUGAUAUUGCUAAGUACAAAGCUUGGCUAGUGGCAAGAGGCUUUCUACAAAAACCUGACAUUAACUUCGAUGAAGUCCAUGCACCUAUUGCAAGAUUAGAGAUCAUUAGAAUUGUUGUAGCUACUAUAGUAAGAAGAAUAUUUAAGGGAUGGAGUUUAAAUACACAAGUGAAAGAGUAUGCAAGGGAAGGGAAGGGAGGACUUUGA